AAAGAUCUUUGUUGGAGUUGAUGAUCGCAGUGGGCUGUUGUGUUGAACUUAGAACCAGAAAUUGCAGUCAGUUGAAGUAUGUCGUCUCCCGCCACUACCCCACGUAGGAGGAGCAAAAGGGGGAGGAGCGAAGAGCCCAGCAGCCCCCCGGAGAGUGCUGGAGAUAAAACACCCUCAAGGAGAAGCACCCGUUCUGGAGCAUCAACACCGAGCAGCACAAGGAAGAGUGCCCGUAAAUCUGGACAUAACAGUACGACCUCCUCCCCUCCCUCACAGCGCCGCCGUAUAGACACCUCCCCUGGGGUAGAUCUAGCACCCAUGCCCUCCUCGCCCCCCAGUGGGAACCUGGGAGGAUCCGGAGAUGCUUCACUCUUCUCCAGCCCUGCCCCUCACAGAGGAAUCCCCACCAGUGAAAUAGACCUCAGCUCUCCCCUUAACUAUGGAACCCCCAGCUCCCGUGGGGCUCCAGGCACUCCUAUGACUCCCGGUGUCGGGGCGACGCCUAUUCGACAGCGUCCAGACGUUCGCAGUGAUCGGAAGAUCCGCCAGGUAGCUGUGGGGGCUACGGAUCCAGUGGAGGGCACCCGCAUGACAAGUGAAAUCACAAGCGACUCUAACGCAGGACCACAGCUUGUAAUCUGGGGCACAGACGUUGUGAUCAGUCACUGUAAAGAGAAAUUCAAACGCUUCAUCACGAAAUAUGUCGAACAAGACGUACAGACGGAUGAACAGUUUGACGGAAUGGACAUCAGUCAGCCAUACUAUUUACAGAGGCUGGAAGAGAUCAACAUCAUUGGAGAGCCAUUCCUGAACAUCAACUGUGGCCACUUGCAGCAGUUUGACCCGGAGCUGUACCGUCAGCUGAUUAGCUACCCGCAGGAAGUCAUUCCCACCUUUGACAUGGCCAUCAACGAGAUGUUUUUUGAUCGCUUUCCGGACACCACACUGGAGCACCAGGUACAAGUGCGCCCAUACAACGCGGAGAAGACGAAGAAUAUGAGGAGCCUCAACCCUGAAGAUAUUGACCAGUUGAUCAGUAUUGGGGGAAUGGUGAUUCGCUUGUCCACUCUAAUCCCUGAGAUGAGAGAAGCUUUCUUCCGGUGCCACGUCUGCAACAACACCGCCACCGUAGAGAUUGACAGAGGCCGAAUCUCCGAGCCUACCCUCUGUACUCACUGCAACACGAAUCACUCCUUCUCGCUUGUCCACAAUCGCUCCCAGUUCUCUGACAAACAGAUGGUCAAGAUACAAGAAUCUCCAGAGGACAUGCCGCCUGGCCAGACUCCGCAUACUGUGGCAGUGUAUGCUCACAAUGAUCUGGUGGAUAAAGUCCAGCCUGGAGACCGUGUCACCAUCACGGGUAUCUACAGAGCCACGCCCCUCCGAGUCAACCCCAGGCAGAGCAACGUCAAGUCUGUUUACAAAACUCACAUCGAUGUCGUGCAUUUCCGUAAACUGGACACCAAAAGGUUGCAUGAGCAGAACGAAGAUGAAGAUAGCAAAGAAUCUAAGAUGAGCCAAGAUAAAAUUGACUAUAUCAAAGAACUAUCCAAGAAACCUGACAUUUAUGAAAGACUGGCGAGAGCAAUUGCCCCCAGUAUCUAUGAGAAUGAAGACAUCAAGAAGGGCAUCCUUCUCCAGCUGUUCGGAGGAUGCAGGAAGGAUUUCUCACAUUCAGGCAGAGGCAAAUGCAGAUCUGAAAUCAACAUUUUGCUGUGUGGUGACCCCGGUACCAGCAAGUCUCAACUGCUACAGUACGUUCACAAUCUGGUCCCACGGGGUCAGUACACCUCCGGGAAGGGAUCGAGUGCUGUGGGUCUGACAGCCUACGUCACCAAAGACCCUGAAACGCGCCAGCUUGUUCUGCAGACUGGAGCUCUGGUACUCAGUGACAAUGGUGUGUGUUGUAUUGAUGAAUUUGACAAAAUGAAUGACAGUACCCGGUCUGUGCUGCACGAAGUAAUGGAACAGCAAACCAUGUCCAUUGCCAAGGCUGGAAUUAUCUGUUCUUUGAAUGCCAGGACGUCUAUUCUAGCUGCUGCCAAUCCUGUGGAAUCCCAAUGGAAUAAAAACCGGACAAUCACAGAGAAUAUUCAGUUGCCCCACACACUGCUAUCCAGGUUUGACCUGAUAUUUUUGAUCCUGGAUCCACAAGAUGAGCUGUUCGACCGAAGACUGGCCAAUCAUCUCGUCUCGCUUUACUUCCGCGGAGUGGAAGAGGAGGAAGAGGAGCACGUGGAUAUGGGGAUACUGAAGGAUUAUCUUGGCUAUGCUAAGAAAUACAUUCACCCCAAGCUAAGCGAAGACGCUGGUCAAGCCUUCAUACAGGCCUACAUAGAGAUGAGGAAGAUUGGCAGUGGGAGGGGCCAAGUGUCUGCGUAUCCAAGGCAACUGGAGUCUCUGAUUCGAUUGGCUGAAGCCCAUGCCCGUAUGCGUCUAUCAGAUACAGUGGAGAUACCAGAUGUAGAGGAGGCUCGCAGGCUGUAUAAAGAGGCAUUGAAGCAGGCAGCUGUGGACCCGUCAACUGGGAAGAUUGAUAUCAGCAUUUUGACAACUGGCAUCAGCGGGGCAGCCAGAAAGAGAAGGGCAGAGGUCAUGCACGCGCUCAAGAAACUCAUCUCAGACAAGGGGAAAGUCGUCACCCUCAAAUAUCCAAAAUUACUGGACGAAUUUAAAGCCAGCUCAGAUUUCCCAAUCACCAAAGACAUGUUUGAUGAUGCACUGAAAGAUCUGCAAGAUGAUGACUACUUGAUCAGGACAAAUCAGCUCAUUCGUCUUUGCCAGUGAUUAAACAGUGGCCAAUCAGAAAUCAUUUUACAUCUUUGCCAAAGGCAUUCCAUGAAGGGGAGUUGACGUAUUUACUUGCAGUUCAUUUACGUGAAAGUAUACCUUGAUUAUUGUAGGUUGAAAAUAUAAAACCUUAACUUCUGGUAUUUUCUUGGAUACAUUUGCUGUGUAAAUAAUGAAGUGCUUCCAAAUUAGCUUUUGUAAUAAAUCUGUAAUUUCCCACCCUUGGAAAAUAUGUACUAGGAAGACAAAAAGAUAUUGUUACGAUUUUAUUAAUGUAAAUAAAACAAUACAUCAGAAAUCUUAUGUAUAUGUGAUGGGUUGAAACUCAGCUGUGAAAAUUUUUAAGUGAAAUUCUUAAAAAGAGAUUAUGUAGUUAUCCGAGAUGUUACAGCAAUCAGAAAAUUUGCAUGCUUUGAUGUCAUUAAAUAAUUGUAGAGCAUCUACAUUACAUCUGUUUUUGACUUUUACAUAACCACUGAAUCAGUUUGUAGAAAUGACAAUAAACCACCAUGCCAACUUCAAAUGUUGUUUUUCAUCUUUUAUUUGUACAAAACCUAUUUACAUGGCAUAGAUAUGUUUUAUGUAUUCAAGUGCAAAAAAAAAACAACCCUGGCUUUUGUCUGAACAAAAACCCUGUGUUGAAAGGGCGCCAUUUUUCUUUCAACUUUACUCCACUUUUUAGCUGUUCAUCAACACCGAGUGAAGUUUGAAAUAACAGUGAAAACAAACUGCACUAUCGUAAGGACCUUUUAUUAGUAAAAAAAAAAAAAAAAGUGGAAUGUUCGGCGUGUGUGUUGGGGGUGAAAUGAAGGAAUAUCAAGAGUGGUUGUCGUGGCAACACACUAUGACAGUGAGAGAAGUAGUAAUAUUCAUUGUUUAUAUGGUUAAAAUAAAUCUUUGGUAGAAACCUGAUUGAUUAUGUAUCGUGACCUGAACGUCAGUUUUCAAACAUGCCAACAAUAAUAGCAAAAAAGCCACAGGGACUAAUUUCAUCUGAGGACAAUCCACUGCUCUCUUCAUGGUCUGACCAAGUCAAAACUAAAACAAUGCUUGGUAUGCAGAUUUGCAAUAUGGCGGAAAGCAGCUUGUGGAUAAACACUGAGAGACCGCAAGGAAACACAAUCUAUUUGUGAUAAAUGCUCAACCCUCCUCAGAUUUGAUCCAGUCUUGUACUUGGGCCUCUUACCUGAGUUAGGGAGGCACACACACUUUCCUUAAGAUGUGGUAAUGCCUGCAGUAUAUACACCAGCCUCCGGCUGCCAUUCGUAAAGUCUAAAUGCAGAGCCCCAUUCUCGAUCUAAGACGGCUCGUCCUUCUGUACUACACAUGAACCUCAUUGGUUCAUGGCCUGUACAACAACAACUGCUUUGUCAUUGCUGGUAAUGAAAACUGGGAGGUGGAAGUAGUGCAGAUGAUUGUUUUGAUUGGUGUUGUAAGCCAUAAUCAAGAAUAGGAAAGAAACCAGGGAUUAGACCCAAGACCUUCACCAGAUUGCUGGCUGACCUUCCCAUGUAUGGCCAGAGAGGAAGCCAGAUUUUGCUGGAUUUGAAUUCAAAGCGAAUGUAUUGGUGGGAGGCCAGUUGGUUGUUAUGCACAUAAGCAUAAACUGUAAGAAAAAAAUAAGUGCAGCAUGAAUGUGGUAAAAAAAAAUUUGUCCUUGUAUACUGAAUAUAUAUAUAUAUAUAUAUACUUAUAUAUUUUUGUCCUUACAUAUUGAAUAGAAAAGCACUGUCUACAUAGCAUCAUUCCCCCAUUUCCUGUUUCUUUGAGUUUGACUCAAAAAAAGCUUCCACAACUUAAUAAUGAUUUUACUGUCGUAAUUGAAGUCGAGCGAUCACUGGAAAGACUCUUUUGUCUUUUAAAUCAGGUUUGAACUCUGAUUCACAGGGCAUGUUUUUGUACAAUUGUUAAUGUGCACUGCUGACAUACCUAAUUAUAGCAAUAUCUGUGAUGCAAAUUUGCAUAGACGAUUCUCCUAAUGAAUACAAUUUCAGUGGGAUAAAGCACAUCUUAUUAUCAGCGUGGAAAGUUGAUAUUAAAAUUAUGAAUGCAGUAAUUCUGUCUUACAUGGUAGAUACACAUCAAAGCACUGAAUAUUCAAAAUUACCUACUACACUGCUUACUUUGAAAAUGCUUGUAACUGGACUUA